CUUGGCUUUUCUCAAAAUUAAUUAUCAAUUCAAACCCUAAACAGACCCUUCACUCAUCACUCUCUCUCUCUUCUUCUGUUCCCGGAGACGCUACUACUGCAACCACCGUUCGCCGUGCCGCCUCCGUCACCGUCGCGCCGUUCGUCCGAGUCUUUGUACGUUAGCUGGUAGCCUCCACAUCUUGUUCGCUGCCCUAUCUCAUCGUCGCCGCCCUUCUCACUCGUCUGCCGUCGCCUUUCAUUGUUGCUCCGUCGCAGUUGAGUGUUUCAUGGCCUCCAAAACAGAAAGUGGGAACUCAGGUGGUACUGAUCAAUCAGCGCCAAAGAGUACAUACAAAGAUCCAGAUGAUGGACGGCAACGAUUUUUGCUUGAGUUGGAAUUUGUUCAAUGCCUUGCUAACCCCACGUAUAUUCACUAUUUAGCUCAAAAUCGGUAUUUUGAGGAUGAAGCUUUCAUUGGAUACUUGAAGUAUCUUCAAUAUUGGCAGCGCCCUGAGUAUAUUAAAUUUAUUAUGUAUCCUCAUUGCCUCUAUUUUCUUGAGCUUCUACAGAAUGCAAAUUUUCGCAAUGCAAUGGCACACCCUAACAAUAAGGAGCUGGCACAUAGACAACAAUUCUACUUCUGGAAGAACUACAGGAACAAUCGGCUAAAGCACAUUUUGCCUAGAUCACUUCCUGAACCUACUGCCACAACUGCGCCUCCUGCAGCUUCAACUCCGGCUCAGCCACCUGUGCCUGCAUUGCCACCAGUACCUGCCACAAAUGUUCCAGUGACAGGUUCAUCUUCUCAAGCCCCUUCUCCAAUGCCGUAUGGUAUGCCCCCUGGAUCUGGUCUUGCAAAAAAUGACAUGAGGAAUCCUUCAAUGGAUAGAAGGAAGCGCAAGUGAUUUUUUAGGGCAUGUAACUCGGUUUUAAAAAGUAUACAAAGUAUUUAUAUUGAAGUGGUUACACUGAUAGAUCAAAGUUCUUAUGCAACGGAGUUAUUUUUAUUA